AUGGCAAUCAUAGAAAAUAUCUUCCCCCUUGAGAUGCUUAGCAAAAUAACAAAGCAUCUCGGCAUGCACGACAUAAAAAGGCUGAUGUGCAGCUCUGAAACAGUAAAAACCGCCAUUGAGAAAAAUCCAGUGAUCUGGAAACAAAAGCUGAAAAACAAAGAGACAAGCUGCUCGAAUGGAAACUACUUGGUGGCUGUAAAAAAAGAGCAUCUUGUUACGCUGGACUGGAUAAACAACCAGGUAAAACAGGUUCGAACGAUAAGCCACCACCCAAGCGUGUACAUAACAAAGAUAAAGGCGUACGGCGACAUAAUCAUUGUGGCCAGCAACUCCUCGUACAUCUAUGUCUUGGACAAGUCUCUGAACCUCAUUAAAACCCUCAAUAAGCACAAGGGGAGCAUUUGGGCGUUUGACUACAUGAACAACAUCCUUGCGAGCGGAAGCACCGACAGAACUGCAAAGAUCUGGGACGCCUUUCUGGGCGUCUGCUUAAAAACGUUCAUUGGACACACAUCCACAAUCAGGACAGUUUUGCUGACUGAUGAGUACGUUAUCACUGGGUCUAGAGACUUUACAAUCCGCAUUUGGUCGAUACGCACAGGGGUGUGCAAGCAUCUGCUGACAGGCCACAAGGGAAGCAUUCGGGACAUGGUGCUUAUCAAAGACAAGCCGUAUCUAGUGACAGGCUCGUAUGACGGCACGUCUAUACUGUGGAACUACCAGAUAGGAGAGGGCGUUCGGUACCUGAUAAAACUUCCGAGGCGGAUAUACAAAGUGAAAAGCCUGGGGAAGUACGUUGCAAUAGCGGGAAUGGAUCAGAAUCUGUACAUAGUAACACUUGAGGGAAAGCUUUUGUUCAGCGGAAGAACACAGCACGGAACUAUAUUCCAAAUUAGGAUAGACAGCGAGGGGUAUGUAUACACUCUCACUGCUUCGGGGGUGCUCUCCAAGUGGAACAUAGAAACAGGCCAGGAGGUCUACCAAAUAGAAACAAACACAAAAUCGGUAGACUUUUCUGUUAUAAACCAUCUGCUGGUUGUUGGCCUUACAAACCGCGUUGAUCUGUACUACAGAGACACAGGCAAGUACAUACGAACAGUUGUGUCUGUAGAGCUGCUGUACAGCCUGUACUGCGAAGACGAGACCAUAGUAUACGGGCAUGCCGAAAGAGGAAAAACACAAAUAUCCAUUAUUAAGUUUGCCAACUCUUGA